AUGUUUCUAUAUAACUAUCCCAUCAUUUUCUUUCUUUCUUUCUUUCUUUCUCUCUUUCUUUCUUUCUUUCUUUCUUUCUUUCUUUCUUUCUUUCUUUCUUUCUUUCUUCUAUAUGUAUGCAUGUAUGCAUGUAUCUAUCUAUCUAUGCCUAUAUCUCUUCAUGUCUGUCUAUCUAUCUAUGUCUAUAUUUAUGUGUGUAUGUGUAUGUAUGUAUGUAUCUGUCUAUCUAUCUAUGCUUAUAUCUCUUCAUAUCUAUCUAUCUAUCUCUGGGAAAAAUAUGAUGACCCAAAAGUCCUUCAUCACUCUGAUGAAGUCCAUUUGAAUUACGAAACUCGUUACAUUGUUUUUUACUAUCUCUCUCUCUCUGUCUCUCUGUCUCUCUCUCUCUCUCUCUCUCUAUCUAUCUAUCUAUCUAUCUAUCUAUCUAUCUAUCUAUCUCAGUCUAUUAUCUCUUCAUUAUCUAUCUAUCUAUCUAUCUAUCUAUCUAUCUAUCUAUCUAUCUAUCUAUCUAUCUAUCUCUGUUCGUCUAUAUUCGUUAGCUUGUGUACACUCAUUAUCUAUCUAAAGACCUCCAUGAAAAUUAUUAUAAAUUUAUUUGAUAUGCUGAUAAUUUUAAAAAAUCUAUCUAUCUAUCUAUCUAUCUAUCUAUCUAUCUAUCUAUCUAUCUAUCUAUCUCAUUCUAUAUUUAUCUCUUCAUCUAUCUAUCUGCUUACAGCCGCAUAA